UGCUAAGGAGCUUUUAUUAAAUGUAUUUGGAGGCCUUUGGCAGGAUACACACAGCUUGAACCUUGACACCAGGAAAGGACUCCUGGGUUGAAAGCUAAGGGUAACACAGCUUCACUGUCCCAGCAGCCAGCAUGGAUCAGGGACCACAUGGCGAUGUACAGGUGGAGCGCAUCCUUGUGUAUUCCUUUCUGCAGAACUGUCACAACUGUGCUUUCAGAGAAGAGCUGGAUUCUCUGAAAAGCCAGGUGAUUGUUCCCCGACCAAAAAGCUUCCUGCAUGAUGAGUUUGAUGAUGGGGAGCUUCAGACAGAUGGGAAUCGGAGUGGCCGGUUCCAGAAUGGUGAUCCAGGUUCUUCGGUUGAGGACAUAUUCCAGGUGAUUGGUGCUCAGCUUGCCCAGAUCGGGGAUCAAGUGGCUCAUGAGAUCCAUCCAGCAGUAGUAAAUGACCUACUGCAGCAAUUUGUGAAUGAGAAUAUGUCCAGAGAGGAGAUAAUGAGGCGUCUGUCUGACACAGUGGAGGAGCUCAUGAGAACCGUGCCUUUGGAAAUGGAACGAGAGAAGGCCAUGUUGGUGCUAGCAAUGGUUUUAGCUAGAACAGUAACAAACAAAAUGCCAUCUCUUCUACAGCGUGUCUUUAACACCACUGUGAAUUACAUAAGUCAGAACCUCCAUAACUAUGUGAUGAACAUGGGAUAACAAAGAGUUGGACGAGAGCAGGAUCCAUGCCAUUGCCUUUCCCAGAGAAGAUUGCUUCUUGAGUAUUUACUUUAAAACUUUGCUUUCCCCUCUUUCCCCCCCCCCCCAGUGUUUAAAUUCUUUUACAAUGCAUCUGCAAAGGGGAAGCAUAACCCCUUAGUUAGGUCUUUAGGCUUUUCAGAGAUCAGCAGAGGAAAAGUGUUUCAAGCGCUGCAAUUUUUUGACUAAAAUAUGUAGGAGUAUUGCUUGCCUGUUACUGUCUUCUACCAAAUAUUGAAUGCAACUUGGUGCUGGUGCAAACCUGUAAGUCGUAGGAGGAAGUGCCAGUUGGCAUUGCACUCAGUUGUGCUUACUGAAACUUUAGCUCAUUAUCCAGUACAGUGGGGAUAUGUUGGCAGUGAGCCUUUAAUCCAGUUAAGGUAUGUCUUCCCUGCAGGGUUAGCCCAUGAGAUCAGCAGCUGUGUUGGCUUACCCCAGCUGUGAGCAUCCACAUGGUACACCCAUCCUUCUAGUUGUGCUCUCUUUUCUGGGGUGUUAGGUCUUGUGGUACAUCCUAUGGUUCUUUUGUGCUGAGCCCCCUAGUUUUUCCCUCUGAAUUGUCUUUGUAGGCACACAUGCCUCCAAUAUUAUUCCACAAUUUUCCUUAACUGCAAAAUGUUUAGGGUGCCCUGUAAAAGCAGAUCUUAGGAAAAUAUCUCUACUGCACAUAUUGUGCUGGCAUUGCUAAUGCAGCAUAGAUUCCUCGGACAAGCUUUUUCCCACCCCACUAUGGUAGGUAAUCCAUCUCUGAGCAGCCAUCAAUUCUUCCACUGAGUGAGCUGUGUUAGGGUAAUAUAGCUACAGCACUCUAAGCUAAAUUUUUCACUUCAUACUGUGCUGACUAGACUGAGACAACCACUUAGCACUCCCUUAUCCACAGCCACCUCCUGUGAAGGCAUACCUUUACAAAUACAGGCUGGGAAGAGCUAUUCUUGAGUAAACUACAUGCUCAGGUUUUUUUACCCCUAGGCACUGCAAUGAGGGGAGGACAGGGUCUUCUUCCAUUAUUCUUUUGAGCCUCUGGAAGGUAUCUGACUGAGAUGUGAAAAGUUACAGAAAUGCAACAGAAUUGAAUGAUAUUAUCAGGUCAGCUAACAUUCAUCUGGGUAUACUUGAGCUUAACAUACUUUAGCUUUAAUUUCCAUGGAGGACCUACUGCAUAGCUAGAACCUGUGCUAGAGGGACUACCAGGAAUGCAGUGUCAACUUGACGGUUUACAUGAGUUGCUGUUCCUCACAUUAUCUGUAAAUAUUUUAUACUUAAUAAAAUGUAGUGCUACUGUAAAUACCUGUUGUCCAUUUUCAAAGUGUGCAAGGAAGUGAUGAAACUGAAUGCCAUUGUCCUAAGACAUUUACUCCCAAUCUUUUAAAAAUGUUUCUGCUGUCCCCUCUAAAAUGGAAACACUUUAAUCUCUUCUCAGCUGUUGGAUUUUAUAAAGGGAAAUGAGUCUUUUCUUUUAGUGGAACGGAAAGAACCGUUGGAUAGUGGCUAGCUGAAUUUUGCUGCGCACCCAAAGGGAACAAGCAAUCCAGCCUGCACCAUUACCUCAAGUUAACCAGCAUACUGCUAGCUUAGGGAAGAGGAUCUGAAUUACUGGAAUGCCAUUGUGCUGGCAUAUGCAGAGGACAGACGUGAACUAGCAUAAGAACAGAUACACACAUUGUUUUUGAAAAUUGUACCAUUUAUUAAAGUGCAAGCUGGGGCUAUAGUCUUACAGCAUUGUCCCAUUAAGAAAAAAUGUACAUAAUUUUCACUUAGACUGCUGGAGAGAAUUUUAACACUGUGGAAACAAUAUUUUAAUUAAAGUGUCUGAAA